UGGGUCACAAGACUUUGACGCUGCUUACAGAUCACCCCGUAGGGCAUGUACUUUCAAAAACACAUAGGUCUGUUUAUACUGGGUUGAAAUUUGUUGUAUUAAGACCCUGGGAAAACUGACCACGAUGUCUUGCUGCCUAAGAUUUUUCGUUCUGACCAGCUUUGUUCCUGAGCUGUGGUCUCAGUUCAUUGAGCCUGGUCGGGUCGCCACACUGGGAAACAUCGGUCCAAGCCUUGUGAAAGAGCUUGGACCUCUGUUGGAGGAGCAUUCACGAACUGUCCGACAACUGUGGAAUAACGUUCCCUUCAGCUCCAAUAUUCAAAACGCCAUCACCGAUGCCGAUGCCGAUGCCUUAGGGUCUUCUUCCAAGGAGGAAUCGUAUUAUUUUCUCCGUGAUGUGGUGUUGCAGGAUGGGAUUACCUUUGACCAAAAUACCAACGUCUCUGUUACCUGCGCCAACGACACAUAUGCCUACCUGAUGGGAAUUGUCCGACAACAACAAUGGGCUUUGCGAAUUCUGGACUCACAAGGCAAGCUUCCAAGCGGAAUAUUGCUUGGGAACAGGUAUUGGUUAGGAUCGUAUACCGAAUGUCUGAAAGCCUCCGCUACCCUCAACAUAUCUCACGGCCAACACAGGACCUUGACGACCAAGUACUGCGCAGUUCAAAUACCAUUAGGUGGGACAGGCGGGGAAUCCCCUGAUCAACAGACACCCGGUUUCAUGUCAAUGGGCCUGAUGAUUGGUAUGUGUGUGCCGCGCUCGUGCUCUCAGGAUGACGUUACGGGGCUUCUCGAUGAAGCUAUGUCUCUUCUUCCCAUGAAUACAUCGUCACAAAUAUCCGUAAGCUGUCGAGAGAGUCCGGAUCUAGCGUCCGACGGAAGGGCAAUAGCAGCCAUUGUGAUAUGUUCGGUCAUCGGAUUUUGCAUUCUGGUCGGUACCGUCUAUGAUGUCUGUAUCCUACAAAUCGCGUCCAGCGUGAGAUCCACCGAGAAGAGAUCAGCCCACUCCUUGCCAGACGAGAAGACAGCUCUGUUAAACAAGACAUCAGGUGGGGACCUGCAAAAGCUAGAGGGACCCCCAAAGCUAGGCAUCCUGGCUAAAUGUUUGGUGGCGUUUUCUGUUUAUACAAACGGAAGCAAGAUUUUAAGCACUGCACAGGCCCCAGGAAGCCUGACCUGUUUAAAUGGUAUCCGGUUCCUGAGUAUGAGCUGGGUUAUUCUAGGUCAUACGUAUGCAAUCAUGCUGAUAGUAUCUGAUAAUCUGAUAGACUACGGAACUGUGAUUUUCAAACGCUGGACGUUUCAAGCCAUUGUCAAUGGAACGUUUUCGGUUGAUUCCUUUUUCUUUCUCAGCGGACUUCUGGUGGCAUAUAUCACCUUUAAAGAAAUGGACAAGAGCAAGGGUCGAAUCAACUGGGCAUUGUUCUAUUUCCACAGGUUUUGGCGGUUGACCCCAGCUUACAUGUUGGUGAUGAUGGUGGAUAUUUGCCUUCUCCGGUAUUUUGGAGACGGUCCCAUUUGGCCUCAGCAGGGGUUAGAGGUCAACUUCUGCAAGGAUUCCUGGUGGAAGAAUUUAUUAUACAUAAAUAACUUCUUUUCUUUCUACAGUGGGUGUAUGUCCUGGGCAUGGUACUUGGCCAACGAUAUGCAGUUUUACGUCAUCAGUCCACUGGUGCUGAUUACUCUGUACAGAUCAAAGGUUGCCGGCACCGCCGUCCUCAUGACUCUCCUGACAGGUUCAUUUAUAACAACGGGGGUGAUCAGUUCCGUCAACAAGCUACCUCCCACAGGAAAUGACCUCAACCAAGAUUUUACCAAACCAAACCUAUACCAGGACUUAUACUACGAAAAGCCAUACUGUCGUAUAGGACCGUACCUCGUGGGAAUGACUGUGGGUUAUAUACUGUACAGGACUGGCUCCAAGAUCAGUUUCACUAAGAAAGUUGUGGUGUUUGGCUGGAUUUUGACAUUUACGUGUAACUUAGCUGUGCUUUACGGCCUGUAUGGACACUUCAACACAGAACCGCUGACAUCAGACGUCAGCGCCCUCUACAAUACAGUGUCCAGAACCGUGUGGGCACUCGGACUCGCCUGGCUGGUUAUUGCCUGCUCUUCAGGAAACGGAGGCGUCAUCAACAGCCUUCUCUCCUGGGCUCCCUUCCAACCUCUCGGUCGGCUCACCUACUGCGCCUAUCUAAUCCACCCGCUCGUCAUGCUGUACUUUGCGACCGGAAGAGACGUCGUACCUCAUGCUUCUGACCUGAACACGAUCUACUAUUUCCUCGGGCACAUCGUUUUGUCAUACGGACUAGCUUUUCUUGUCUCCCUUGCGUUUGAAGCCCCGAUGAUCGGUCUGGAGAGAGUGCUACUGAGAGGAGACAGGAAGCGAGCAGAAAAGUAAAAAAAAAAAAAGAGAGAGCAACCGACCGUGUAAUAUAAACUUUUCAGUAUUGUUUGGUGUAGGCCAUCGUGUAGAUCUGCUUUCACAUGCAAACGUAUUCAAAAGUUCUUGUAUGUCUUUUACUUAUUCAAGCAACUUUGUGUAUAUCUUGAUAGAAAUACAUAUAGGAAACUAUUGCCAUUUGAAUCUUAAAAUCUGGUUAAAAUGCAACCUUCGAUUCUGUGUGCAUAGUUAUCUCUACAAACUGAUGUUGUUUAUAUACAUCUGUCAUCCCUGUCACUGAAAUCCGGUUUAUCUUAUGGUAUCUUUUUUAAAUAUCUUUAAGGUGACUGUAUGCUGGAAAGUAUUUAGUCAUUCCUCUCAUUUUCUCCCAUCAUGCAGUUGGAUAUCACGAGUACCUUGCAAAAUAUAGCAAAAUGAAUAAAAUAAAUGAGUUUUAACUACUUCCGGUCUAAUAACCCAGAAUCAAUUGAAAAUAGUGUUCCCUGUAUAUGAAUUCAUCUCACUUGGUCUGCAUCAAUUACAUAAGUUUUCUUUCCAAUACAAGAUAUUCUUGACACAGGGCCCUGGCAAGUUUUGGGCCAUGGUGUUUCAAAAGUAUGAACGGAUUUUACAUAGUCAGAAACUCUGGGGAGCCAUUGUGCACUAAAUAAAUUAGUCUCUUAAUUUUAACAGAAACUCUGUUGUAUGAGUGAUGCUAGAAUUUAUUCUGUUAUUACCACACAAUAUUUUCAUAUUCAACAAUAUAACAUCCUGUUAGUCUAGCAGAAUAUUUAUGUUGAAUUAACAGAAUACGCGUGCUACAUUUAACAGAAUAAUAUGCUGCAAUAACAGAAUACAUUCUAGCAUCACUGAGAUAACACUCUCUGAGAUGCUAGAAUUAAAAUUCUAACUUUUUUAAAAUAAAAAAAUUAACAGAUUAGUUUUUUUUUUGAGUGUGUUAAUCGUCAACACAAUCCCAAAUGUACAUGCAUAUACCCAUCGACAUAGUAUAAUAAUAUAGUACAUUAAGCUUAAAUAUCAUAACAAUUUGUCCUUAUAAUAUCGCAAUUCAAUA